AUAAUAUUUACGAAACUACCUGUGACAUUGCUGCUGACAUUGGACAACAAGUUGCAGACAACAAAUUUCAAAAUGUUUCGUCCAACACGACUUGCACGUGUCUUGCUUAGACUCCAAAGAAAACACAGCAACAAUCUAAGAACACUUGCUACCAAAAAUAAUCAGUUUUAUUUAAAAUCAAGCAAUGCAACAAAAGAUGUGCAGCAACUCUUACAGGUUCACAGAUUGGUCCAGAGUUACAGAUGUUAUAGUUCAGCCGAUUUACCAGCACACACCAAGGUUUCGCUACCAGCCUUAUCUCCGACUAUGGAAAUGGGGACAAUAAAUUCCUGGCAGAAAAAGGAAGGAGACAAGGUCGCUGAGGGGGAUUUAUUAGCAGAAAUAGAAACAGAUAAAGCCACAAUGGGGUUCGAGUCAUCUGAAGAGGGUUACCUGGCCAAGAUAUUUCAUCCAGCAGGGUCUAAAGAUGUACCCAUUGGGAAGUUACUCUGUAUAAUAGUAGAAAAUGAAGAAGAUGUUGCAGCAUUCAAAGAUUACCUGCCGACAGCAGCCGAUGAUCAACUUCCUGACAGUGAUGCAUCAGAGCCUGUUGCACCGCCACCUCCACCCCCUCCUAAACCAUCCCCCGCAGCAGUGGCUCCACCACCAACUCCUGCUCCAUCAAAGGCAGCCCCUCCUCCAGCAGCAUCUGUGUCAGUGCCUCCAUCUGGUGGCAAAGUGAUUGCCUCACCAUAUGCAAAGAAAUUGGCAGCUGAUAAGGGCAUUGAUCUUAGUCAAAUAACGGGCACUGGUCCUGGAGGAGAAAUCAGGGCAGACGAUGUACUUAACUUCUCACCGUCAGCCGUCCCUACAUCAGUACCAAUAUCAGCACCAGAGGGAGCUUUCGUAGACAUACCUCUGACCAACAUGAGAAAGGUGAUAGCAAAGAGAUUAGUGCAGUCAAAACAGACUAUUCCACAUUAUUAUUUAACUGUGGAUGUUAAUGUAGAUAAAGUUUUAAGAUUACGUAAAGAACUGAAUGAGAUUUUAUCAAAAGACAACAUAAAAUUAUCUGUGAAUGACUUCAUCAUAAAAGCAUCAGCAUUAUCAUGUAAAAAGAUUCCGGAGGCCAACUCAUCGUGGAUGGAUGACUCAAUACGACAAUAUAAUAUAGUUGAUGUUAAUGUAGCAGUAGCAACACCUGCAGGUUUAAUAACUCCUAUAGUAUCAAGGGCAGAUAUCAAGGGACUAUCACAAAUUAGUCAGGAUGUUUUAGCUUUAGCAACAAAAGCAAAAGAAGGAAAAUUACAGCCUCAUGAAUAUCAGGGAGGAACCUUCACAAUUUCCAACUUAGGAAUGUUUGGUAUUAAAUCAUUUUCUGCAGUCAUCAACCCCCCUCAGGCCUGUAUUUUAGCAAUAGGGGGUGCAGAGAAAAGACUAGUGGUAGAUGAAGACAGUGAUAAAGGGUAUAGUUCAGCCAAUAUGAUGUCAGUGACAUUAAGUUGUGACCAUCGAGUAGUGGACGGGGCAGUCGGAGCACAAUGGCUAGCAGAGUUUAGGAAAUUUAUGGAACGUCCAGAGACCAUGUUAUUAUAGCUGUGUUAAUCAUAGGGAUUUUAAAUUUUAGUGUUGACAGUGCUGUUAAGAAUAUCAUGAUAUAAAAGUGCUGCUUGUGAAAAUUGAAACGAAAUGGACAUUCGACUUGAAUUGAUUUUCAUCAUUUUAUAGUGACCGUUCAUGUAUUAAAAACUCUGAUCAGCUGACAAUAUGAUAGAUUGGUCUGGAUAUUAAAGAACAUUUGUAAUUAAGAAAUCUAAAAUAUUUAUUCUGGACAGAUGGACACAUUUUUAGCAGUUACAGUAUUGUUAUAUUUGAAGUAAUUAUUUUAUAAGUUAUAAUAAAGUGCUAUACUAUGAAUGAUCAAAAGUAGAUUUUUAUUUAGAAUUCUACUAACAUGAUAAUGAAAGAAAGAAUUUUUAUGUGAACGUACUGAAGAAUAGGAUAAAAACAAAUCUGCCAGAUAAAUGUUUGACUAUUAGGCAAAACAAAUACAUCCUGUGUUAUAGCUAACAUGCUGAAAAAUAUUAGGUAUGGUAGGCAUGCAAAUGAAAAUAUGCAUCACAUCAGCCAGUUAAAAUAUAAAUUCUGAAUCAGAAUAAAAAUAAUUAAAAGUACUUAACUUUGCAAGUAUAUGAAAGUAGAAUGCGGUUUAAUGUAAAGUUAAUGAAUCUCAUUUUGUCUGCUUGAAAGUAUUCAUAUAUUUCUUGAACAUGUCUUUUUGAACAGCAAAAUUAAGUUGAUGACCUGUUUUGUUCUGAGGGCAUUCUCAAAAUACAAUAGAACUUUUUUUGUUUUUGAUACUACAUGAAUGCAUUGUCUCCCCUUUUAUGUUUUUCCUAUGUAUAAACUCUGUCCGAUUUUUGGGAAGACUCACUUAAAAAUGUAUAAUAACUUUUUUGUAAAUGGGAUUUUUAAUGUUUCUUUUGUUUUGCCCUUGAAUCCAUUUUUAUUUCUGUUUUCAUCUGUGAUGUUUAGAAGUUUCUUUGCCUGUGUGAACUGUAAUACAUUCAAAGUAAUUCUGAGAUUCACCGAUGCUCAUUAUCAAUUACAUGAUAUUUUGUUGUAAAAUAUCAGGUUAUUUAAAAAAAAUAUAAAAGAUCAUGUGUUUUUGACAGUAGUUAUGAAAGUAAAUACAGAAAUUUAGAAAGUUUUUUUUCUUCAUUUGAAUGGAAAGCAAAUUAAGAAAGAUUUCUUUUUCAUUUGAAGGGAUGGCAUAAUACUAAGAAGAAGAGAAAAUUUAGACUUAUUGCCUGAAAAUUGGUGAAUAUUGAUUCUGGAAUGAAUAAGAAUGAUAUUCUACUAAGGUCAAUUGUCACCAAUAUUCUGCAGUGACUCUUUAUUAUAUCACACAGUGACACCAGUGGCGGAUCCAGAAAGGGGGGAGGGGGUGCAGGGGUUGAUUGUUAGAUCCACCACUUGAUACUACUAUAUAUUACUAAAUAUCUGUUUUUAAUUCAUCAGAACUUUUGUAUAAUCAGUGUGAGAAUCUGAACAAAUUAUACUUUGUUCGUUCAGUUUCCGUGGUAAUUAUCUAUAUAUCAUGUUUGUGUCAAAUACUUGUCAGUAAAACAAAAGUAUAAACGUGAUCAGUUUUGAUGGUGUUGUUAGUAGACAUUUUAUCAGUUAAUGAUUGGUUCAUUAAAAUGUGAUAUAAAUAAUAA